AUGUAUAGAUAUUUUGAUGAUAAUUUAUUUAGUGAAAAAUAUCUUGAAAAUGUAGAUAAAUCGCCCAGCAUAUGGGAUACAUAUUGCCACAUUCGUCCGAACUCGACUGAGACUAGCAAUGGGGAUAUCGCUUGCGAUUCCUAUAACUUAUGGAAGGAAGAUGUAAAGAUCAUUUCAGAUUUAGGUCUGGACUUUUAUAGAUUUUCAAUAUCAUGGACUAGAAUUCUACCUAGAGGCACCCCAGAAUAUAUAAGCAAGAGCGGUUAUAGAUAUUACAGUAAUCUUAUUGAUGCUUUAUUAGAAAACGGUAUUGAACCAGUUGUCACGAUGUAUCAUUGGGAUUUACCGCAGAGAUUUCAAAAUAUGGGUGGCUGGGCAAACCCUUUAAUUUCUGACUGGUUUGCCGAUUAUUCGAGGGUUCUGUUCACAUUGUUUGGUGAUAGAGUCAAGACUUGGAUUACUCUGAACGAGCCUUUUCUCUUAUGUCUUAUAGAAUACAGUACAGAAUUAGGUACAGGUCCAGCAGACUAUGAUAUUGGAAACUUUCAGUGCAUUAAAAACUCCAUGAUAGCUCACGCAAAAGCUUGGAGAGUGUACGAUGAAGAGUUUAAAAAGAAAUUUAAAGGUCGUGUUGGUAUGACAAAUUUAUUAGUUGAUUUGAAACCAGCGACGAAAGAAGACGAAUUAGUUACGCAGCUUGCAGUUGAGUUUUACUCAGGACUGUUUACUUAUCCGAUAUAUUCAAAAACGGGCGGAUGGCCGUCGGCUAUUGAAAAUCUACUGGCACAGAAUAGUAAGAAGAAAGGCUAUCGACAAUCGAGAUUACCAGCUUUUACUGAUGAGGAAAAGGAAUUCGUUAGGGGCACAGGAGAUUUCAUCGGCAUGAACUAUUAUACAAGCAAAAUAGUACGAACAGCGAAAGAGCAUAAUUUUGAAAAUAAUACAAUCCUCGAAGACAUACCAGAGUUAAAUGUCAUUUUGGAUUCAGAUCCUUCUUGGAAGAAGAGCUGUGCUUACCAUCUGGAUCAACACCCAGAAGGAUUACGAAGUAUGCUAUCCUGGAUAAAGAAAUCGUUUGGGGAUAUAGAAAUUGUUAUUUUUGAAAACGGUUACGCUACUUCGGCAUCCAGUUUACACGAUCAGGAUAGAGUCAGCUUUUUUAAAAAACAUUUAGAACAGGUAUUAUUAGCGAUUUACGAGGACAAGGUUAAUGUGACAGGAUUCACAGUGUGGUCUUUAAUGGACGUCUAUGAAUGGAUGGUAGGAUAUAAGUAUAAAUUUGGACUGUACGAAGUGGACUUCACAUCUCCGAGUCGCACUCGCACACCGCGCGACUCCGCUCGCUAUUACAAACAUGUUAUACGCAAUAGAUCUAUUGACCCACCAAAUGAUAAUUAUAUAUCUGAUGAACUCUAUUUAUGUUAUUUUUUCUCCCUUUUUCACCUA